CAAAGGUCCGCGCUUCAAACACUGAAAAACUUUAUUCCGGUAGAAACGGGGAACAGCCUGUCGCUUCAAAACAACACAGUGAUCCCUGCUGGUUCACCGGGGAACGCAGCUGUUUUAUUCAUGGGGCACUAAACAUUAUAAGAGCAUUUUUAUACUGAACCCAAUGGCAGAAGAAAUGGAAGGCAUUUGUCCUCUGCCCGAGAUCACCAACAUCAAGGUGGAGCCUUCCGUGAGCAUUGGCACAGCAGAGGAUGCCAGCUCGCAGAAUGUGGCCAUGGGCAUUAAAUUCAUCUUGCCCAACCGCUUUGACAUGAAUGUUUGCUCACGUUUUGUAAAGUCACUGAACGAAGAAGACAGCAAGAACAUUCAAGACCAGGUGAACUCUGACUUGGAGGUGGCCUCGGUCUUGUGUAAAGCGGAAUGCAAUAUCCAGACUUCCCCUUCCCCUGGAAUCCAAGUCAGACAUGUUUACACUCCGUCCACCACCAAGCACUUCUCUCCGAUAAAACAGUCCACCACGCUUACCAACAAACACCGUGGCAAUGAGGUCUCCUCAACUCCACUGCUUGUUCACUCUCUAUCAAUUCACCAGCUUGCAGCACAAGGUGAAAUGGUGUUCCUAGCCAGUCGAAUAGAGCAAGAAUCAGUAAUAAACCUGCAGGAUGAAGAGGGCUUUACUCCACUUAUGUGGGCAGCGGCUCAUGGUCAGAUCGCUGUGGUGGAGUUUUUGUUACAAACUGGGGCAGACCCGCACCUCUUGGCCAAGGGAAGGGAGAGUGCACUGUCACUGGCCUGCAGCAAAGGCUAUACAGACAUAGUCCGAAUGCUCAUCGACUGUGGUGUAGAUGUCAAUGAAUAUGAUUGGAAUGGAGGAGCCCCUAUACUGUAUGCCGUUCAUGGAAAUCAUGUUCGUUGUGUGGAAAUCCUCUUGGAGAGUGGAGCUGAUCCAACCAUGGAGUCUGACUCAGGCUUCAAUGCUAUGGACAUGGCUGUUGCAAUGGGCCAUAGACAUGUUCAACAGGUCAUGGAAGCACAUCUACUGAAGCUGCUACAAGGAAUUAAAGAAUAACUGUUACUAGUUUAAAAGAAAUGGAGAGAGCAAGACUGAAUAUCGGUGAGGAGAUCCGUUAUAGACAGAUAAACUGGGCUGUUUGUUAUUUUGCAUGUUUGCAUUACUUGGCCAUAGUUUUAUAAUUUCACAGUUUUUUAAAUUAUUGUUUUUAUUUAAUACUGAAUACGUUUAACAUGACAGUGUAUAAUAGAAAGGAAGCAAAAUCUGUGGUUAACCCUGAACGUCUGUGUACUGUGGCUAUUUAUUUAGAAUUAAUAUUUAGUAAUGUGAUCUUGUGAAGAUGUGUGAACUUGUGUAGGUUUUAACUCAAUUUUACAAUAAAAUGAGAGGCGAUGA